AUGAGGCGAGGCGUCUCGUGGGCGGAGGAUUUAACAGAAACGAUUUCAACACCACCACCCGAUGAUGAUGAUGGUGUUAAGAAUGAUUUUGUGAACGAUGAUGUGAAUGAUGAGGAUGAGGAUGAAAAACAUCACCAAAUUCGAGACGAAAACUUUACAUUCGCGAUGACGGUCUCGCAGUUGGAAACCGCCGUUCGAGAUGAAAAUGAUUCGGUACAGAGAAACGUCGAGAGAUUGGCGCGACGGAAAGAGUGCGAGAGAUUGAUGGAGAAUUUGUUCGAGUUCCUGAAGAGAGAGAUUCUUGCCACGAGGAGGAGUACUUCGAGGAGGAGGAGGAGUUCUUCUUCAACAUCUGUAAGACUUUUGCACGCGGAAGUGCACAACUACGCGUCGAACGUAUCGGCGUUUCAAAAGUGCUUAAAGUUAUGGAAGAAGAAAGAGAUGCACAUGGUGAAACAGCUGGAGGAUGGCGAAAACGGGAAGUUGUUCGCGACGAAGACGACGCCGCAGAAGACGGCGGCGUCGCCGCUGAAGAAGCUGUUCGUGACGAGAGCGGAGGAGACGGACGGGUUGUUGAGAGAAGUGGAGGAGAAGUUGGAGAUGUUGAGAGUUUUGUCGUCCGGUACCACGACAGAGAGUAAUCACGAUUUGAUGAAAGGGGAUGUUGAAAACGGCGAAAAAAACGGCGGCGCGACGAUAAACACGAAGCCGCCGCAAAGAAAAUUUACGUUUGCCGCGCGCCAAAAUAUCACCGCGAGGCAGAAACGAACGAAUCAGAAAGUUUUAGUUUGCGUCGUCGGUAUUCUCUUCUUUGCUUUGUUCGUCGCCACUUUCGCGUGGUUGUGGACGAACGAAGCCGAGCCAUGGAUUGAGAAGAGCAUACGAGAAAACAGAGAACAUUUGACGUACGAAGAAAUCGUCUAUCAACCAAUCGACCGCUCGAACAACUUUGAUUCAUGA